AUGCAGUUCUCCAUCACCAAGCUCGCAGUCGCCGCUCUGGCCGUUGGUUCCAACGUCGUCCAGGCCGCCCUCACCCCGGCCCAGAUCAUCUCAAACAUUCAGAUGCUCACCGCCAAGUCGCAGGCCAUCCAGGCUCCCGCCCAGUCCAUCACCAUCCUCAACGGGCCUCUCAUCGUCAUCGGCCAGGGUCCUUUCCCGCAAAUCAUUGCUGGCUUCACCGACAUCAUCUCCACCACCACUACCGCCAUUGCACAGAUGCAGGGCACCAAUCCCGUCCCCGCCGGCGCCGAUGCCGAUGCCAUCUUCAAUGCAUUCCGCGAGUUUGUCCGCGUGCACCAGGCCCUGCUCAACAUCCUGAUCGGCAAGGCUGGCCUUUUCAACACCGUGCCCAUCAUUGGACAGCCUGUGGCUGCUGUCCUUCGCCAGCUUGAGAGCGUUGUCGACACUAUUGCCUUUGGCCUCAUCGACCUCGUCCAGAGCCGCGCCUCGGACCUCACGACCCAGGCCAACCAGCUCGGCGGCACCAUCGAAGUCUGCAUCCAGUCGUACGAGGGCCUUGGUGUCACCAAGCGCGAGCUGAGCAACAGCGCCAAGUUCCGCGCCGCCCUCCGUGUCUAG